UCCAUGAAAUGGCGAAACCAGGGGACCUGCUUGUUCGUCCGAGGACGAAAAAGAGAAAUGUGGCGUUCCAUUCGCCAACUCCCUUCCUUCUCUGUCCGUACAGCCCGCACCCAAACACUGCCUUCCCGUUCCUUCCUCUCUUUCUCUUCUCCUCUCCCUAAACCCCAAUCCUCCUCCUCCUCCUACUUCUUUACUCCCGGUAAAACCCUACCCGCCACCGCCACGUCAUCGCGCACCACCAUCAUCUUAUGGACCUUCAACGGCGGCGGAGGCGGCGGAAACGCCACCCGGGGUGUGCCUGCCAGGUGCAUUUCCUCGAUUCCGACGCCGCUGCCGGAAACGAUGGUUGAUUGGAACGACGCUGUUUCCUGCUCGGAGGUCGGUUAUGGCGGGGACAACGACAAUGGUAGAACUUUGGAAGAAGACACUAAACGUUCUAUCCCAGUUCGAGCUUAUUUUUUCUCCACCAGUGUGGAUUUGAGACGAUUGGUGGAGCAAAACAAGCAGAAUUUUAUACCACCUACGUCACGAAUGACUAAUUAUGUAGUUCUUAAGUUUGGCAAUCUUGCUAGUUCCCCUGGUCCUAGUGCUUUCAUAAGUGGAAGUGACUGCUGUUUCAUGGUCGUAUUCCAGUAUGGGUCCAUUGUGUUAUUUAAUGUUCAUGAACAUGAAGUGGAUGAAUAUCUGAAAAUUGUUAAAAAGCAUGCAUCAGGAUUGCUUCCAGAAAUGAGAAAGGAUGAGUAUGAGGUAAGAGAGAAGCCAAGUUUAAACACAUGGAUGCAAGGUGGAUUAGAUUACAUUAUGUUGCAGUUCUUGAAUAUUGAUGGAAUCCGUACCAUUGGAAGUGUUCUUGGUCAAAGUAUUGCUCUUGACUACUAUGUCCGCCAGGUUGAUGGAAUGGUUGGGGAAUUUACGGACAUUAACCGUGGGAUGGAAAAGACGGGAACAUUUACUAUGGACAGCAAAAAACUUUUUCAGAUAGUGGGAAAGGCAAAUUCUAAUCUUGCUGAUGUGAUUCUUAAGCUUGGACUUUUUGAGAGAUCGGAUAUUGCCUGGAAAGAUGCCAAAUAUGCUCAAAUAUGGGAAUUUUUACGAGACGAAUUUGAAUUAACUCAAAGAUUCGCAAGUCUUGAUUUCAAGUUAAAGUUUGUGGAGCACAACAUUCGCUUUCUUCAAGAAAUUCUUCAAAAUAGGAAAUCAGAUUUUCUGGAGUGGCUCAUCAUUGUGUUGAUAAGUGGUGAAAUUGUUAUAUCUCUUUAUGACCUUAUUAAGAGGUCGCUAUGACGCUUGUACAGAGGUUAGCAAAUUUUCACAUCGACACUAGUUGCGAUGCAUAAAGUCAUAGUCAAACAAUUUUUUAUCAAAGGUUGUUGUUGCUGUACAUUUAUUUUCUUGUUAGCUUUGCUGUUACGAAUAGAUUUGCUACAUUGGUACACUUAGUUUUGUUGUAAAUGAUAUGGAUUCAUACAAAUUGAAAAAGUUUACUGUCA